AUGUCGUGGUUCGGGUGGGGCGAGCCGUACUAUCGCAGUCCGCGGCGGGAGCCCUCGGAGGUGGUGACGGACACGCUGAUGCUGGAGCUGAGCUGGCAGUUAAAGGAGACGGAGAGACUGCAGAGGGAGCGAGAGAGCGAGUACAGACGGCUGAAGACGGGCGUGGACUACAGCUGGCUCGUGACCCCGCCCCGCAGCACCUACAGUCUCCGCCCCGGGGAGAGGCUGGGCCUGGAGGACCUGUGUGGCAAGGUCCACCCCUCCUACUGCGGCUCAGUCAUACUCAGGUUCCGACAGGUGUUGAUAGAGAACGAACCUGAGGUGCACGAGGUUUCCGGACUCUUCCGCAGCGUUCUGCUGGAGGCGCUGGAGCGUUUCCAGGAGGAGGAGGAGGCCCAGCGGCUGGCCCGGCAGUGGAAUAACAGACGAGCCAUCAGCAUGUCUCUGCUCAACUUCAAAUCUCGCGUCCGCAUCAAUCCGUUCGGCAGCAGCGUGGGGCUGAUCUCUGCCGGCGGCGGCGGCGGCGGGGGGGAGGGGGCCGAUGGGGGGGAGGUGAAGACCAUCUCUGAGGACGUGGAGCGGGGUCUCGGGCAGACGACAGAGAAGGCACAGAGAGUGUGGAGCAUGCCCGACUUCAGACACAAAGGCGUCAACGGCAACGCGUGA